AUGGUUGCUGUGGCUGAAAUUGAGGCGCGGAUUCGCUCGAAUUUGGAGCCCACUUCGUGUGAAGUGACGGCGAUAAGUGAAGAAGACCGCAAGUACAGUGUGGCCAUCGUGUCUCACAUUUUUGAGGGCAUGCCGCUUCUCAAGCGACACAGAAUGGUCAAUGAUCUUUUCAAGGAGGAGCUUUUGUCAGGUGAUAUUCACGCGCUAACAAUCGUUGCGAACCCCUCUUAA